CUGUUCUUCCCCUGUCUCGCCAGCAACACAGCCAUGUUCUCCGGCGAACUUUUGCGUUAAACCAGGCUUUGGUUAUCGGAACUUCCAAAGGCUAUGCCUUUCUCUUCCCUAUCCUACCCCUACCACUCCUCCUCCUCCUCCUCCUCCUCCUCGGCUAGUUACUUCCUCUUUGUCAUCUUCUAUUUGCUGGCCGCCAGAACCGGCGCCCAGCAGUCCGAUGCCGACGCCUUGUCUCCGCCCAAUUCCAGCACAUCUUUCCGCCCCAGCGUCGCUAUCGUGAUCGGCAUCUUCUCCAUUAUGUUCGCCAUCACCUUUCUCCUCCUUAUCUACGCCAAGUUCUGCCACACCUACUCCUCCGCCGUCACUGCCGCCGCAUCUUCCUCCGAUCUCUUAGCCACGGAAGAGUCUGGAAACGGGCGCUUCCUCGUACCCGGACUCCAUUGCUCCUCCGGCAUCGACAACACCGUCAUCGAGUCGCUCCCCUUCUUCCGCUUCUCCGCGCUGCGCGGAGUCCGCGCCGGCCUCGAGUGCGCCGUCUGUCUCUCCAAGUUCACCGACGCCGAGAAGCUCCGCCUGCUUCCCAAGUGCCGGCACGCCUUCCACCUCGACUGCGUUGAUCGGUGGCUGGAAUCCCACUCCAGCUGCCCUCUUUGCCGCGUCAAGGUCAAAGCAGAGGACGCCGCGCUGUUCCAGUGCUCCGCCAGCGCCCGCCUCCUCUUCGCCUCCGACUCCAGCGACGCUCUCGAUCUCUUCGUCGAGCGCGAGAUCGACGGCGAUGGCGACUCCCGCGUCGCCUCCGCCAGGUUCAGCUUCCGCAAGACCUCCGACAGAUACGCCGCCAAAUUAGGGCAAAAUGACCCCGAGAUGCCAAUGCUGGAAACCGGAGACGGCGGAGAUCAAUCCCUCCACAAAUUCAAGCACAAGAUCAUCGUCUCAGACGUGGUAUUCAAGAGCCGGUGGAGCGACGUCAACUCCUCCGAUCUGAUGACGUUGAGCUCGGAGAUGCUCUCGAACGAUUGGAAUCUGGAGCCAAUCGGAUCUGCUGCAUCCGCCGCCGAGGGAAGAGCUUCGAUCGACGAGAAGCUGAUUAAGAUCAAGCAAGAGAUGGAGAAAAAGAGACUUCUCGAGAUCAAAGCGAUCCAAAUCCACAAAGCCCAUUCCUCCUCUCUCGCAAACAUUCCGUCGAACACCUCCAGAGCAGCUGCAGCGCUCAUUUCGUCGCCCAGCCGAUCGAUGUCGGAGAUCACGAACCUGUCCAGGUUUAGGCAGCAGGCCAAAGCGGACUACGGCGGUGGCGCGACCGUCGAGGACGAGAAGGUGAGGCGGGUGUGGCUGCCGAUCGCGAAGCGAACGGUGCAGUGGUUUGCCGGAAGAGAUCGAAGGCGAUCGUCGGAGACAGAGAGCAGCCACGGCGGCAUUACAGGUGUUUGACGCAAUUACUCAGAGAAAAAACAUCAUUAAACCUAAUCAUGUAGGAUUAGAGAGUAUAUUUGGAGAGGGUUUGUUUUUUCAAAUAUAUUUAAAUUCCAAAUUUUCACCGGAGGUGGAGAUUGAAAUAUUAGAAAUCAUGGGUAAAAAAUUUUGCCCGAUUUCUUUUUUUUUUCGUGUUUUGGGGUGAGAUUCAUAAAUAUUUAUUUGUGAUAUGUUUAAUUAUGAAGUUUGAAAUAUUUA